AUGGCGGGCAUGGCAGUUCGAGCAUGGAAGCUGAUGUCCUGGCUCGACUACCAGUACCUGCUGGUCACUGUGCUCUACAUGCUGGAACCUCCAGUGCAAACUGUGUUCAAUCCGAUGCUGGUUUCUGUUGUUGUGGCACUGUAUACCAGCUACGUCUUCGUGCCCCAGAACAGCAUGACAAUACUGCAUUACCUUGAAGUUGUACAGUGA